AUGUCAGAUUACAUAUUUUGGCCUAAUGAAUUACUUCGAAAGGAAUCAUCAUUCGAAAAUGAGGAACUAAUAAUUAUAGCCAUUAAACUUGAGGAAACAGAUUAUGUGGUAAUUGCUAUAGAGCAGAGCUCCAUACUGCAGGAUACCUUAAAUCUAGAAUACCCAUAUACUAUUUUGGGAAAUAGAGACAACCAAGGAAAUUGGACUAUUAACAUCCCACACUUUACCAUUGUAGAAUUUGAAGUACCGAAAUUUAAAAUGAUGCAAUUUUACUCAAUUGAACCCAUUUCCCUCAUAUUACCAAAGAAUAAUACAGUUGAUAACCCUAUAUUAAAGAAAAUCCCUAAUAUCGAAAAACUAAUAUCGUAUGAAAGGUACAAGGCCAGAAAUUAUAAACUGAACAAAACGAUAGACAUUAUUAACACAUACAACUCAACUUUGAAUGCAUUUCAUCACUCAUAUCCAAUGAUUGGUAAAUCUAAGGAAAAUAAUUCCUCAGGUAUAAUUUCAUUACAAAGAUGGUACACUUCUACCGUGAUUCAUAAAUUAACAUGCUACAUUACCUUCUAUAUUACAUUCUGUGCUUGUUACAUAGCUUAUUUUGGUUCUCAUUUCUUGAGAAAAAUUGUACCCACACUUUUAAGACUUUCUGCUACAGCAAAACAGAUUGAUCUUAGGUUCCAACAAAUCUGUUAUUUUCCUGUCCAAUAUAUGAAAAUAAAUCAAACAAAGCCACAAGGGAGGACAACUUCCGAAUAUAGGCGGCUAAAUGACGAAAGUUCUACCAAAAAGAUAGAACCUUCUUGCAAAUUUUACCCUGAUUAUAUCAGAUUCUACAAUACAUUAUGGUUAAUAGUUAACGAUACAUCCUUUGGGCUGAUGCUUGGGGCAGUCUUACACGACAACCAUGAUGUAAUUGUAAAUACAUUAAGCGACGUAAUAAUGACUACGCUAUAUGAAAAAAUGAUUGAAGUGACUUAUAGCUUGGCUAAUAAUCCAUUUGGUAUAAAGCUUAAUCACGAAUUGGCUUCCUUUCUUUCAGAACUUUUUUAUUGGAUAAUGGAAUUUUCUUACAAUUCCCUAAUAAAAUUUGCCAGUGAUAAAGAAAAAUUGAGUAUAUUCUUAACAUUUGUCACUAAUAUUUCAUGUAUCUUUGGUGCCUCUUUUGGAAUAUCACUAAUUGUAGAUUUUUUCAGUUUAUUGUCAUUUCACAUAUACCUCUUCUAUCAUAUUAGUUGUAAACUGUACCAUUGGCAACUAAACACACUAAUUAGUUUGUUCUAUUUAUUUUGUGGCAAAAAGAGGAAUGUUCUUAGAAAGAGAAUAGAUUAUGAUUAUUUUGAAAUAGAUGAAUUACUAUUAGGUACAUUACUAUUUAUUGUAUUAUCUUUCUUAAUGCCUACAGUCCUUUCCUUUUACGCAUCCUACACAUUAGUAUGGAUGACAGCAGUUUACAUUUCUGUAUUUUUAAACUCAGCCAUUGGCCUUAUUAAUCAUUUCCCAUUGUUUGCAUUCUUACUUAGAAUUAAGGAUCCAAAACGUUUACCAGGUGGAAUCCUUUUAUUACCAAAAUACCACAAAAAUGGAAGGGUAAUACUGAAAUUACAUAACAAUCCUUUAAGCGUUCCAGCGAUGUUUAACCCAUUUUCACACUCCUUAGGGAAGAUUAAAGAAUACUAUUUUUCUACAGUUACAUUCAAAAAUAUGUUAAGUGGAACAUCGAUUAAAGUUCAAUUUAAUGAAUUAUAUGACAUUCUAUAUCUGUCUUUACCCGAAGAGCCGAUAGAUAUCUCUCAGAUACUGUCUAAAUUAAAGGAAAGACUUCCUCGUUAA